UAGAAGACAAUAGUUUCAGACUAUAAUCCUAGCAACUCUUUAACUUUAUGGGAGCUUCCUUCUCGCUUGGUGGGCUUCAAAAAUAGCUUAAAGGCAAUAUUUUGUUUUCUUCAGGUUGUAAUUAGCUCUACCAAAUGUCUUUAAGUUUUAUGGCAACAUAAAGUAUACUCAAAACUCACGACUCUGAAACACAAAGAAAUCGACCUAAAAAGAUCUGGUGGCUACAGCGAAUUAUGAAAUCACUAGAAGAAUGUAAAGCUGCUGGAUGAUCUUCUUCAGAUCUGGACAUCAGUGGCUAUAUUAACAACAAUUCUUCACUAAUUUCUAGAAGACCUAUAGAUCCUCUGAAGCUUGUUUUUGUACCUGAGGUAUUGUAGGUUCUUUUGUCUUUUGCUUAGCCUCAGCGGCUAUUUCUCAUCUUAAAUUAAUUCGAAAUUAACUAAAUAAUACCUAAAUUCAUCCUUAAAUAUUUUUACCAGAGUUUAUUAAUGGAAGAAUUGGUAGAAGGAUGCUGAAGUUACAGCUAAAUUAGGGUCCUGGUAAGCUCUCUUUACUUUUCAGAGGCAUCCCUUUUAGUUUUUAAAAUAACAUUAUAUUUUUAAAAGGAGUAAUUCACUUAAAAGUUGAGACUCUGACUAUUUCUUUGUUCCAACAUCAAACUUUUACAGCUUAGUUUUGGAAGAGGUCACACAUCAUGGAAAAGCGAUGGGAGAAGCUUGGAAGUCUUAAACUGGAGACUCUCUGCAUUAUAUACAAUGCUUGAGGUCUAGAGUUGUUGAUCAUAACUCUCAGUAGUGGUUUGAACAACUUGAGCGAUUUCCAUAUUCUUGGACCUAAUGACACAUGAAUCACUCUUUUAAAAAUUUAGAAAUUCAAAGAUAUUUUUCCAUGGUAAUUUAGUGAAUUCCAAAAGAUAUCAAGAAUCAAAGAACUGAAGCCCAUUAACUUAUUUUGUUGAAAUAGCCUUCAGAGUAAAGCUAGAGUGUUUUCUAAGGCUCCUUCUACACAGAAAGUUCUUUCUCAAGACCUAA